AUGGCAGGAUCACAGGAGAAAGUCAAGGCUUUCCCAAAGAUCAAGGAGAUCAAGACUUUCAUCAUCCAAGGCGUUGGCUCCGGCGGUGACUACCACAAUGUCAAAGGCGGACACUGGCUGAUUGACUCGAAAAUCUCCACGCCCAUGUCAGGAUAUGAAGCUUACAGAGCUUCAAGGACAAGCUGGGGCAUCAAUGUGCUCGGAUCGUUCUGCGUGGAGAUCGAAGCGAGUGACGGGACCACGGGCUUCGCUACUGGGUUCGGUGGCCCGCCAGCAUGUUGGCUGGUUGCUGAGCACUUCCGGAGAUUCCUCAUUGGAGCUGACCCGAGAGAUACGAACCACCUCUUCGAGCAAAUGUACCGAGCCUCAAUGUUUUAUGGCCGAAAAGGACUUCCAGUAGCAGUCAUAUCCGUGAUCGAUCUUGCAAUCUGGGAUCUGCUGGGCAAGAUUCGGAAUGAGCCAGUAUACAAGAUGAUCGGUGGGGCGACCCGUGAACGACUCGAGUUCUACUGCACGGGCCCAGCUCCCGGUGCUGCGAAAGAGAUGGGCUUCAGCGGAGCAAAAGUGCCGUUGCCAUACAGUCCCGGCGAAGGACCAGAAGGAAUGAGAAAGAACGUGGAAUACCUCCGAGCGAGGAGAGCAGAGGUCGGACCAGACUUUCCUCUGCGGGUAGACUGCUACAUGAGUCUGAACGUCCAGUACACGAUCGAGCUGGCGGAGAAGUGCAAGGAUCUGAACAUCGACUGGUGGGAGGAGUGCCUGUCGCCGGACGACUUUGAUGGCCAGGCGUUGAUCAAGCGUGCGCAUCCCACGCUCAAGUUCACAACUGGCGAGCACGAGUACUCCAGAUAUGGUUUCCGCAAACUCAUCGAGGGCCGGAAUGUGGAUAUUCUCCAGCCUGAUGUGAUGUGGGUGGGUGGUAUGACUGAGCUGUUGAAGGUCAGCGCGAUGGCAGCAGCGUACGACUUGCCUGUGGUUCCCCACGCCUCUGGUCCGUACAGCUACCAUUUCGUGGUCUCUCAAGCGAACAGUCCGUUCCAGGAAUAUCUGGCCAAUUCGCCUGAUGGCAAGAGUGUGCUUCCGGUGUUUGGCAAUCUGUUCAUCAAUGAGCCAAUUCCAACAAAGGGAUAUCUCGACGUCUCCGUGCUGGACAAGCCAGGUUUCGGGUUGGAGCUGAAUCCUUCUGCGCCGCUGAUUGAUGCUGCUGGCAUCUUGAACCCAGCUCCAGCUAGGUCUUUGCCGCCACCGAUGCAGCAGGAGGAGGACGCAAAGGCGUGA